AUGCCCUUCACAACUAACGGUCCCAAACCCAAAACCCAAAUGGAGAUGAGUAAAAAAGAAUACAAUUUACGGCCGCUUCCCGGGGUUCGCCGGGGCGCAUCUGGAGCCGAUGCUGGAUGCUACAGCAUGCGAACCAUCGGUGGUGAGGAGCUGAGCAGGCGGGCACUCAUCAACAAAAAUGUUACAGCCGGUCGCUGUGAGUUGAACAGGCGGACUCACAACGUAGAAGCUACAGCCGAUCCCUUGGGCAACGAAACAAAUACCCCUUCGACUCGCCCCCAGCAUAUGACCCAAGCAGAACACGAAAAGGAUUCCGAUAUGCUUAACGAUAUAAUUUCAGCUUCACCUUCACCCUUCAACUCAUAUGAAUCACCUAGUUCAUCUCAACUUUCAUACCAGGUUUCAUCAAGAUCAAACACAAUUUCACCUAUGUCUGUGGAUGUUGUGCAGGAGGCACAUGCUAUUGAACCUGCACCCGCCACAGGUACAAAUCGUGCGCGUAAAAGAUGGUCAGACGAAAUGAAUAAAUUCAUCUGGCGCACGUACCUCAUUGCUACAAAAUUGAACACCAGUAAAAUAUACCUUGCUCAUCUACACCACGAAUUUUCACUAAAAUUUCCUCAGAUGCAGGCAUCUAGACAGAGACUAGAAUUAGAAGCAAAUAGAUCAGCUUACCGUCAACCCCUUCAUCAAGCGGUAAUCGCAGAACACCCGGAAUUAUCAGAAGUAAGUGAACAGCGAAUAUCAGAUCAGCUUAGAGUUAUUUUAAAUAACAAAAUGAUUAGUGAUCAAAAACUUAAAGAAAUCCGUGAAGAAAUAUCAAACGAUCUUCGCUUGCGUCGUAACCAUCUUGAAAAUACUUCACAACACUUGACUAUACCACAAAAUACGGCAUCCGCAGAAAACAACAACCACCCACAUAUAUCACCACAAACACAACCAAUACUAGACAUUUCUACAAUAGCUGAACAGGACCAAACCCCUAAUUAUCUAGAUGUGGAAAAAAUUAAAAAACAAUACAACAUUACAUUAGAAAAAUUUCAAAACACCAACCCAAUUAGCCGUCCCUACAUACCAAAACAAAACAGCUCAAGAAAACUAGCCCAAAUUAUUAAUGUCAUUAACACCAAAGUACUGUCUCAACAUAUUUCAGUCGAACAAGAUUUUGUGACCACUCAUACACUUAUUUACUGUGCUGCCUACACAGCGGCUACCUGCAAUGGAACUAACAUUAAGGACAUAACUAGCCAACCUUGCCAACUCCAGAAAAGAAUACCCGCAUGGCAGAAAAGGUUACAGAAAAAGAUACAGAAUCUCAGAAGAGACAUCGGAAGACUCACAGAACAUAUUAACGGCAAUAGGACAAAUAGGCUUACCUUACUAGUAGAAACGAUAAAAAAUAAAUACAAAAUACACUCUCAACAUGAAGAACCUAACUCUAGUAACGAACAUUUUCUUGACACCCUCAAACAAAAACUAAAUGCCGCAUCUAACGCUGCGUGGCUAGAUACAGACCACGAAGUAAUUAAUUCUAUCGAACCUAUGAAUUUUGAACAUAUAUCUGUAGAAGUUUUCAUGCGAGUACUCAAUAAGGCGAACAACUGGAAAUCACCUGGUAGUGACCAUAUACACAACUAUUGGUAUAAAAAGUUCACAUCAACCCAUUCAUUACUACACAAACACAUGAACAAUUUCAUUCAAACACCAAACAUAAUGCCGCACUUUGUUACACAGGGCCUUACCUUCAUGAUACCAAAAGACACUGACCAUCAAAAUCCAGCUAAAUAUCGUCCAAUUACUUGCCUGCAAACCAUUUACAAAAUACUUACAGGAUGUAUCACUGAACUCCUACACGAACAUAUUGCCGUUAACAAUAUUCUUGCUGAAGAACAAAAAGGAUGCCGAAAAGGUAGACAAGGUUGCAAAGAACAGCUCGUAAUAGACUCAGUAACAAUGAAACAUGCUAUUUCUACGAAAAAAAAUAUUAAUACCAUGUAUAUAGACUACAGGAAAGCUUUUGACUCCAUACCACAUAGCUGGCUUCUUUAUGUAUUACAUCACUAUAAAGUUCACCCACAACUUAUUUAUUUCCUUGAAAACUCUAUGCAAAACUGGAAAACAACUCUUAAAAUCACGGGACAUGCUAAUACUGAAACACCUGACAUCUUAAUACGACGAGGAAUCUUUCAAGGCGACGCCCUUAGCCCACUGUGGUUUUGCCUAGCGCUAAAUCCUCUCUCAAAUAUGCUCCAAAAAUCCAAUCUCGGCUACAUUAUUACCACUCCACACAAAGACACCACUCUCACACACCUCAUGUACAUGGAUGAUAUUAAGUUAUACAGUAACACAAUACAAUCACUACAUCACCUUGCAGAUAUCACCCAAACUUUCUCAAAGGACAUACACAUGGAAUUUGGAAUAGAUAAGUGUAAAACAUUUUCGGUCAAAAAUGGAAUAAUCGUCCCAAAUAGCUACAUGUUAGAAUCAGAAAAUAUUAUUGAACCUUUAGAAGAAGAAACUACUUAUAAAUACUUAGGCUUUCAACAAGCUCGGAAGAUUAACCAAAAAGAAACAAAAAAUAGCCUUAAAACUAAAUUCAAACACCGCCUAAAUAUCCUUUUCCGAUCUCAACUCAACUCCCACAAUUUAUUUAAAGCAAUCAAUAGUUACGCAAUCCCAGUACUUACAUAUUCUUUCGGCAUAAUUAACUGGUCCCAAUGUGAGCUCCACAACCUUCAACGUAUCAUUAAUACUACUCUAACUGCCCACCGAAAACACCAUCCUUGA